AUGGAACAAUUAGAUCGACUCAUCCAACAAGCAGAUCAAGAAAUACUGGAAGCUAAACUGAGAUCCAAGAGUUGUCUCAUAACAAACAUCGAUAGAGUAUGGGAAAGAUCUCAAGCCUCCUUUAUUACAGAAGAAGGUGCCCAAAUGCUAGCCCUGCCAAAAAAAAGAAUCGAAGCAGAAAUAGCUGGUCUAGCCCAUGGACAGCCUAAACUUUCAAAAUGGAGAAUUCAAGCACAUCUGAAACCAAGAUUCUCCAGUAACUUUGCCAUGAAUGUUCAACUGAUGGUUAUGUCAAAGUUGACACAAGCUAUCCCAAAAAACUCAUUACUACACGUUGAUACAGCAACCUUGCAGAAUUUAUUAGCGGAUCCAACAUUCAAUAAAACAGGUCCAAUCGAUUUAUUACUUGGAGCAGAAGAAUAUAUGAAGUCUUGCUUCCAACUUCAAUGA